AUGGGGAAGACUGAGGAACAUCGGCAUCAAAGUGAUGAAGCAGUCAUUCUUCACGAUCGGGAUGCCGAUCAGAUUCUGCCCUACGAGGCCGACGAUUCACCUUUCCCCGAGGUACGGGCUGUCAUAAAACCGGUCAAUGACUUGAGCCUGCCUGUCAAUACAGUCCGCAUGUGGACUAUUGGCAUCGUGUUCACUAUUGUUGGUAGUGGACUGAAUCAGUUCUUCAGCUUACGACAACCCAGUGUGACUAUCAGUGCUCUAGUGGCACAGUUACUGGCUUUUCCUGUGGGAUGUGCCUGGGCAAGAUGGAUUCCUCUGGGGGUGCUAAACCCGGACCGACAUUUCAAUAUCAAGGAGCAUGCCUUGAUAACUAUCAUGGCGAACGUUUCGAUUGGCUCUGCCGCGGCCACCCAAGUCAUCGAAGCGCUGGUUAAAUUCUAUAAUGUCCCAUCGCAGGGCGGGUUUGAAGUGCUGUUGUGCAUUACCACGCAGUUGUUUGGUUUCGGGUUAGCCGGCAUGGCCUCGCGUUGGCUAGUUGGCCCGGCAUCGAUGCUCUGGCCCCAGGUAUUGUCCAAUGCGGCACUUUUGACCACCCUACACUCUCACUCCAAUGCUAUCGCAGAUGGAUGGCGGAUCACACGUCUCCGCUUCUUCCUCUAUGUAUUCGUCGGUGGUGCCAUCUGGUACUUCGCCCCGGGAUAUCUCUUCACGGGUCUCAGUACCUUCGCCUUUAUCUGUUGGAUUGUACCAUCCAAUGUGGUGGUGAAUCAGCUCUUUGGGCAAACUACCGGACUGGGGAUGUCAGUAUUGACCUUUGACUGGGCCCAGGUGGUCUAUGCCAAUCAGAGUCCCCUGCUUGUUCCUCUUUGGGCUGGUUUCAAUGUGAUGGGGUCAUUUGCACUCUUCUUUUGGCUCGUAUGCCCUUUAGUUUACUACACGAACACCUGGUAUUCUGCACAUUUGCCACUGCUCAACCCGAACACCUUCGACAACACUGGGAAACCUUAUAACACCAGCCGCAUCAUGGCUUCGAGCGGUGAUGUCAACGAAGAUGCCUAUCGGGCCUAUUCCCCCAUGUUUCUGCCGGCUGGAUAUGCAAUCACGUUCGGUGUCGCCUUUGCUAAUCUGACAGGCAUUUUCUUCCAUAUCGCGCUGUACCACGGCAAGGAUUUGUGGCACCAAUGGAAGGGCACCGGCAAGCGAGACAUCCAUAGCCGCCUGAUGUCUUCAUAUCGAACUGUACCCUGGUGGUGGUUCGUUGCUGUAACCGUUCUGAUGUUUGCAUUGAGCGUUGUGACCAAUGAGGUAUGGCAUACGGGUCUACCGGCCUGGGGUGUGUUUGUGGCUUUUGUGAUGCCAAUGGUUUACUUUAUCCCUGUGGGAGUCAUCAAAGCUAUCACAAACAUCAGCAGUAACCAACUCAAUCUGCUCACUGAAUUUAUUGGCGGAUAUGCCUUUUUUGGGCGCCCCGUCGCCAACAUGGCUUUCAAAUUUUACGGCUAUGUCGCCGUCCAGCAAGGACUAGAGUGA